AUGGAAGGCUCCUUGGAAGAGGGCUAUGAAAUAAUGGCACACUUCAUGGAGCAAGGUUUCGAUGAUCCAAGCUUUAAGGUCCCAGUUUGGUCUUCUGCUACUGCUGAUUCAUCUUCUUCUUAUUGCUAUUAUUACCCAUCAGAAGUCGAAAACUUUGAUUCUUAUGGAGGAUUCUGUACUCCACAUUUUGGGCAUGGUGAUGGUUUUUAUCUGAAUGAAUCAGAUUUAAUUCCACAAAAUUCAGAGCCAGCAAUUUGUGUCACUGCAAUUGGAGAUUUGGCCCGUUUCAGUGAGGAUGCAAGCAGAGACGACAUUGGACAGCCUGUUCCUCCUCCUCAGGAUCCAGCAGUUUGUGUCACUGCAAUUGGAGAUUUGGCUCAUUUCAGUGAGGAUGCAAGCAGCGGCGACAUUGGACAGCCUGUUCCUCCUCAGGAUCCAAUUCUGCAGAUUAAGAGAAAGCGUAGAGAUUCAAAAGACGAUGUCUCCUCCAAAACCUCAAGGAAGGCUGAGGUUUCAUGGAAUGCUGAAAAGAGUGCACCUUUGAAGAAAGGCCAGAAGAGGACUCGGACUUGUGACAAAGAAGACAACAAUGUGAACAAGACCUGCAGCUACAGCUCUGAAGUUGUCGAUGGAAGACAGGUAGCAGAACAAGCGCCAUCAACUAAUCCACAAAGUCUAUAUGCGAAGAAAAGAAGGGAAAGAAUCAACACGAGACUGAAAAUUUUGCAGAAUCUGGUUCCUAACGGAACUAAAGUUGACAUAAGCACAAUGCUGGAGGAAGCUGUCCACUAUGUAAAGUUCUUGCAGCUACAAAUCAAGAAUUGUUCAGUGAGAAUUGCAGAGUUAGACCGACAGUUGGAAGAGUGGAAUGAUGUUACUAGUCACGACCCAGAAGAAAAGAAGACUUCAUACCUCUCUCAGCAGAUUCAAGAGGAGACUGUUGCGGGAUCCCAUGCUCCCUCCGCCCUGACGACGAGGCCGAGGAGCACCAAAGCCGGAUCUCAAUGA